CUUUUAUGUUGCAUGAUCGUCUUUCUGUCUUUUCCCCUCUUGAAGCCAGGUUGUGGGCGCUCUUUAUGCUUGCUUUGGUGACCAACAGUGGAGCAUAAAGUGACUUUCAUCCUCUUCCUCCUUCCAAAUGUCUCCUUCUUUAUCUCUUCCUUCCAUGCUUCCUUUCCUCCUUGGUUUCCUCCUUUGCUUGCUGUCGUGUUUCCUCAGUUUGACCUUAGGAGGGGUGUCCAUCGAUAAGUCCGAUCCCUCCACCGUGGAGGCGUUGGUCGGCCAGACGGUCGUGUUGCCCUGCAGAGUCAGUCCUCCGCCGUCGUCCACCGUCGUCGUGGAGUGGAGAAGAGACGGCGUCCCUCUGUCCAACCACAGGCAUCACCAGCAGCCCAAUGGUUCCCUGUUGGUCGGUCCUCUCAUCGUCUCAGACUCUGGCUGGUUCCUUUGUGUGGCCACUCGAGUUCGAGAAAGAGAUCAUCGCUACAUUUACCUGUCGGUUUCAGAAGGAUCAUCUCAGGUGCUUCCUACGUCGCUGCCCAGAGACGGUCCACUCCCCAGGUUCAGUAUCGAGCGUUCGAGCUCCUCCAUGGUGGAAAUGCGAGCAGGACAAACUGCCAGACUGAGCUGCAACAUCGUCCCUCCUUCAGCUCUGCAGUCUGUCAACAUUCAGUGGACUAAAGACGGACAAACCCUCAGUGACCCCAGGUUCACUCAGCACUCAGACGGGACUCUGAUCAUCGGCCCUCUGAAGUCUGAAGAUUCUGCUGUUUAUACGUGUACGGUUUCUAACCAGCAGCAGCUGGAGCAGAGACAGCUGCAGCUCAGAGUCCAGGCCGACCUGCGCAUCACUACAGCUCCCAACAACAUCCAGGUGUCUGAAGGCAGCACUGCUCUGCUGCCCUGCGUCGUAUCCGGAGACAACGUCAACAUCGGAUGGUCCAGAAACGGUGUCCCGGUUCGUCCAGACGGUAGAAACAUCCUCACAUCGUCUGACGGCAGCUUGAUCCUGAACAGCGUGAAGCCUUCAGAUGAGGGAACCUACACCUGUAACGCCUACACCGGGAUCUACUCCGUCAGCGCCACGGCUGAAGUUAGAGUCAUCAAACACACACAGCAAGGAGUUGAUAUUCCUCCUGAAUGCGUCGACCAGCCUGAAUUGGCCAACUGUGAGCUCAUCGUUUACGCCCGGCUUUGCUCCAACACGUAUUAUUCCAGUUUCUGCUGCGCCAGCUGCACCAGACACAGCUCACAGAACAAUGGCAGGUUCAGUCGAUCCGGAUAAUAAAACAAUAAAAACAAACUGCACAAACAGCAGCUGCAGGAGGAAGAGGAAGUGUUUUUCAUUGUUUUAACUCUGAACUGCUGCAUUUGCCAAAAGGACUCACAAACCACUGACCAGGCUGUGCAGAAGCAUGAAUGAAUCACAAAAAGGGACUGAUUACCGUAGAUGUAGAUGAACUAGGAGUCUGUUCAGGGAUGGAAACGAGAGAAACCCUGUAAACCUGUAAAGUCUGCUGAAUGUGAUGAGGAGAGGAAAUAUUCUCACUCUGCCACAUCUUUAAAAUAAGUUAUUCACUCUCUGGAAACCUGCAUGUUCUCUGUUUUUUAGAGAAUGGUGAGGAUUUCCCUUUGAGAUUAUGGAAUGAUUUCUGUUCUGUUGUGACCACUUCUGUGUUUUUAAUGUUCGCCGAGACAAGAAUCAGUUCUUAUGAAGCCCUAUUUCCACUUCAUAUUGUCUAUUUUUUUGUAAUUAUUUGAUAUUAAAAGUCAUAUUUUGAUAAAAA